GGACCAGCCAGUGAGUUCCUCGCAGUAACGACGGGGUCUGUCCGGAGCCGGGGAGGUCACGGAGGGCGCGGAGCUGCAUGUAUGAGACAGCUCCAUGGGCGUGAAGGACCAUCGGGAGGAUAGUACGGGCCACAUCCUUAGCCUGGGGCUGGAUCUGGACUACCUCCACGUGGAAGGCACUGAGCGGCAGGCAGGGCUGGAUGCUGUGACGGGUGACGGGGAUGCAGAGGUCAAAGCCGGCGCCACGGGUAAGAGCAUCGGAGGAAGCAGCACGAGUUUCAGCACCAUUUCCAGCUGCAGCAGCAGCUGCAGUAUCUUCUCCGACAGCGACGACGAGCGACCCCACCAUGGGUCCGCUUCCGAAGCUCCAAACCCACAGCGCCAAGAGGCCUCCCCAGUCAUUCAGAUGGUCAGGCUGGACCUGGCCCUGAAUCAAUCUCCUGGAGACCCCCAGGUGCCGCAGGCGUCGCCUCCCGCCGACCCCCUCACGCACUACCGCGCCAAGGUGGAGUUCGCCCUCAAGCUGGGCUACGCCGAGGACCUGGUGCUGCUGGUGCUGAGGAAACUGGGCCCGGACGCACUCAUCAACGACGUCCUGGGCGAGCUAGUCAAACUGGGAACCAAGACGGAGGGGGAGCAACAGGGACCUUCCGCUGUCUCUCGGUCCCCCUCCUCGUCCUCUUUGUCGUCUUCUUUGUCGUCUUCUUUGUCGUCCUCGUCGGCCUGCUUCUCUUCCUCCUCCAGCUCCUCUCUUGACUCCUGCCGGCUGCUGUGUCCCUCCCAGCUGCCGGAGGAGAAAGACAACCUGCGGCCCGUGGUGGUGGACGGGAGCAACGUGGCCAUGAGUCAUGGAAACAAGGAAUUGUUCUCCUGCCAAGGCAUCCAAUUGGCUGUUGAUUGGUUCUUGGACCGAGGUCACCGUGACAUCACAGUUUUCGUUCCGGCCUGGAGGAAAGAGCAGUCCCGCCCUGACGCCCUCAUCACAGACCAGGAGAUCCUACGGCGACUGGAGAAGGAGAAGAUCCUGGUCUUCACUCCAUCGCGUCGCGUUCAGGGACGCCGUGUGGUUUGCUACGACGACCGUUUCAUCGUCAAACUGGCCUACGAGUCGGAAGGCAUCAUCGUCUCCAACGAUAACUACCGGGACCUCGCCAACGAGAAACCCGAGUGGAAGAAGUUCAUCGACGAGCGGCUGCUGAUGUACUCCUUCGUGAACGACAAAUUCAUGCCACCAGAUGACCCACUCGGACGGCAUGGACCCAGUCUGGAGAACUUCCUGAGGAAGCGGCCAAUCGUUGCUGAAAACAGGAAGCAGCCAUGUCCUUAUGGGAAGAAGUGCACAUAUGGCCACAAGUGCAAAUUUUACCACCCUGAAAGGGGCAGCCAGCCGCUGCGCGCCGUGGCGGAUGAACUCCGUGCCAGCGCCAAAAUGUCAUCUGUGGCCUCCAGAGGUAGGCUGGAAGACGCCUUGAUGUCGAAGAGACAAGAAGAAGGACCGGCUGAGGCCGAGCGAAGUCAGAGCACUCCAAAGAAGCAGCCGAACCCCAGCCGUCACACCUCUUUCACCGACCUCCUUGAGGACAGGCUUCGGAUGCAGACCAGAGCGGAGGGACGCAGGGGGAGCAACAGCAGCGGCAGUAGCUGUGGCAGCAGCUUUCUGGGGUAUCCGACUUCUGGCGGACCUCCUUCAUCCGGAAGCUUUGACCGAUGGGAGAACGUGGGGGGAAACGGUGGAGGCGUCUCCAGGGCUGUCGGAGCCUCUGGGCCGAGCCAGGCGGAAACCUACCACAGAUGCGAGUCUCCAGAGCCGGGCUACGGCUCGCUGACGAAGGCAUACUCCAGUCUCGGUCUAGUUGUUCCACAGAGUCCGGAGUGCUCCCUCCCGGCAGAUCUGCGAGCUGGAUCUCGGCUGUCGGACUCCAGCAGCGAAGGCAGCACGGACUCUUUCUCCCCGGACAUGUUGUUGGACGAUGGCCCCAAGUGCCGUCAUUACCACCACCAUCCACCCCACCACCAUCACUGCUCUGGGCAGUACGCCCACCCUGUGGGACGUGUUCCUCCCGGACUGGGCCACCACACUCAUCAGGGUUACCCGGUCCGUCUGCGGAGAGAACCUGGUUUUGGCUUUGAAGACCCUCCAGCUUCUGUUCCCUCUCGUGUACCUACACCUCCCUUCAAGUCCCCCUCGGCUUACCAUCCACCACAGCUUCAGCACCCAUUGCUGAGUGGCUUCCCGGGGGAGUUCUCCCCUCGACCACCUCAAGCAUCCGUUGCUCACUCCCACUCUCAAAGCUCCCCGCAUGGCCACAAUUCUAUGGGCUCCCUUUGGCAGGAAGGUGGGCUUCAGGACUCCCAAGUGUACAAAGGGUCUCCACUUCAUUCCCAAAUAAACCACUCAGGGCUAAACCAACGACCACAACCUCUGGCAAGCUGGGACCCCCAUUACCAGCAGUCCUCAAAGCCUCGCUACGAUCCGUACGCCUUCCAGCGCCUCCCGGAAGUCCUCGAGAAGGCCUGGCACACUCCUUGGGGACGGCAAACCCAUUCACCUCCCCGUGGUCUUUCGGCAUUGAGUCAUUCACCGCUUCCCCAGCUGUCCCUUCUCCCCGUCACGGCCCACAAAGGCUACCUGACCCCAGCGGUCCAGCACCAGGAGCCCCCCACCUUGGGUCGAUACCAGGACCUCAGAGAGCGGGUGUUUGUUAACUUGUGCCGUAUCUUCCCUCCUGAUUUGGUGAGGAUGGUGAUGAUCAGGAACCCCCAUGUGGUGGAUGCCCAGGAGCUCGCGGCUGGGAUCCUGAUGGAGAAAUCACAGCUCGGUUCUUGAAGGCCUGAAUUGUGAAGCUGCAGCUUCGGGUCGGAGAUACGCAAACCAAAAGCACAAUAAAUACAGCUGUUAGGCACUGCUUAAUUUUAUUGCAGGGAGGUUGCCUCAUUAAUUUUAAUGGUAUCUUUGUAAAGGGAAAUCCCCAAAUUGCCAUAUUUUUGCUAUGAAUAUGCCUGCUAUUACAGCACUUAAGAUCAGGAGAGGUUGGAGCUUGAGCUUUGAAUCAAGACACCAGGCUUUUGGUGUGUUUCA